GACGGAGUCGUCGUCUGGCGUGGUGCUGUACAAGCUGGAGGUGCAUCUUCGCUGCGGCAAGAACCUGGUCGCCAAGGACGCCUGCGGCACGAGCGACCCGUACGUGAAGUUCAAGCAGGGCGGCCGGCAGGUGUACCGCAGCCGCACAGUGUCCCGCUCGCUGGACCCGUACUGGGACGAGUGCUUCACGGUGGCCGUGCGAGACCUCUGGGACCCGCUGGUGGUGCGCGUCUUCGACUACGACUUCGGCCUCCAGGACGACUUCAUGGGCGCAGCCACCGUAGAACUGCAUACGCUAGAGAUCGACAGGCCGACUGACAUCCUGCUCAACCUGACCGAGUCCGGCAAGGCGGAAGACGCGGACGCCAAGGAUCUCGGCUACAUCGUGCUCACCGUCACGCUGCUACCGGCAUCGGCCCGUGACGACGUCGAACAACAG